AUGGACCACAUCAAGACUGCUGCUACGGAACUCUAUCCACUUAUAGUGGUUCAAUUGUCCUCAUCUAGUAAGAAAUAUGGUUCUAGAACCCUUGAACAAUUAGAUGAAUGGAGAUGUUCAGAGCUUCCCUCACUCGUCAAACAAAGACAUAAUGAUCAUGACACAACUUGGCUAACUAAGGAUGAAUUGGUUUUAUUAAUGGAUUGGAAGCUUGCAAAGGGUAAGUUUAGACCUACUUUGCCCAAACUUAUUCGAUCUAAUGAUCCAGAUACUGUUGAAUCUGUAACAAAGAGUGGGCUACUGCAAAUGGUAAGUUAUUUAUUAGAAUCUGAUACGCUUAACCAAAAAGAAUACUUGCAACAAGUAAAGAAAUCCAUAAAGAUUAUCUCCCAGUUAAAGGGUGUAGGGCCUGCCACUGCAAGUCUAAUACUUUCGCUUUUGGUACAAAUUCACCCCAAAAGUCCUCCAUUCUUUAGUGACGAAAGCUUUCUUUACUUCGUUGAACCAAAUGAUAAGAUCAAGUAUAACAUCAAGGAAUACACUGACAUGCUUUUGCCCUUAUAUUUCGGCUUAAUUGAUGAUGAUAAGACACCUUUCGACACAUUGGAAAAGGGUGCUUGGGCAAUUAAAACUUAUGACUUAAAAAGGGACUUUGAAUUAGCAGAUAUAAACUAUAACAUUGAAAAUUGCGCCAAAUUCAAACCACCAAUUGAUAAUAAUAAACGCAAGUCUAAAGACACAGACAACAAUACCCAAUCAACGACAAAGAAAAGACGGAAAGGUUAA